AUGGCCAAAUCGAAAUACGAGUAUGUUAGGGAAUUCGAGGCAGCCACCGACAGUCGCCUCUUGCCCGAUUCAUAUGUGGUGGUCCGCGUUGAUGGGCAAUGCUUUCACCGCUUCGCCAAGGAGCACCAGUUUCUGAAGCCAAAUGAUAAGCGAGCCCUCGACCUGAUGAACAAGUCGGCGCUGCAUGUGAUGCGCACCUUCUACCCGAACAUUAUCAUGGCCUAUGGCCAAUCCGACGAGUACAGCUUCAUCAUCCGCCGCCUGGCGUACUUCUUCAACCGCCGAACUGCAAAGAUCACCUCCCUGAUCACCUCCGCCUUCACCUCGGCCUUUGUCUUCUACUGGCCGCGAUUUUUCUGCUCCAUUCCCCUCAAGUAUCCGCCCUCCUUCGACGGCCGAGCCGUGCUCUACCCAAACGAGCGCACCCUCACCGACUACCUUCGCUGGCGGCAGGUGGACUGUCACAUCAACAACCUCUACAACACCGCCUUCUACGCUCUGACCGGGGAGUAUACUCGAUACGUUCCUGACACUUCAAACUGCUCACCUUCAAACUCUCCUCCCACCACCUACAACCUCUUCCUCGGCGACCCUUCUGCAAAGGCUCCAAAUCGAACCUUCUACUCGCACGCCGAGGCGACCCAGCGCCUCUCCGGCAGCAGCUCCGCCGACAAGAACGAGCUCAUGUUCACCGACUACGGCGUCAACUACAACGACGAGCUGCAGCAGUUUCGAAAAGGGACGGCCAUUGUCCUCACGCCUCCUCAGGCGGACACCACCACCAAAGUUGACCUUCCGGAAACUCCGGCGGUGGUGAUCAAGCCGAGCAAGUCCGCCCUGAAGCGCUCCGCCAAGGUGGAGGAGGACUUUGCGGCGCUGGCCAUCGACCAGCAGGAGCGCUUCUUCACCACCCUCCACACGGACAUCAUUCGCGAGGAUGGCGACUUUUGGACUGCCUACAGUCAUCUGCUUAAACUGUAA